AUGUGUGUGGGUAUUGUUAGUUUGGUAUGGGAAAGGCAAGCGUCAGCAAUAGAGGCACCUUUAAGUCCAAGCUACAGAAUGGUCAGGAAUUUGUCAUUGCAAGCAAACUCUCUGCGUAUAAGUCCUUCUCUCACCUGUGACUCCCAUGACUUCUCUUUGAAUCAAACCCACGACUUCUCAACUUACAGUUUGCAUCAUCGGCCUCCGACACGCCACUCUGUGUCGAAAAUAUGCAGAGUUUGUGGAGAUGAGAUUGGGUACAGAGAAGAUGGAAACAUGUUUGUGGCAUGUCAUGUUUGUGGGUUCCCAGUGUGCAGGCCUUGUUAUGAGUAUGAGAGAAGUGAUGGGAACCAGUGCUGCCCUCAGUGCAAUACUCGAUACAAGCGACACAAAGGCUGUCCUAAAAUUCCAGGAGAUGAAGAAGAUGAAUUCGAUGCAGAUGAUUUCGACGAUUUUCAGACUAAGAGUCACCAUGGUGACUUGGAUCAGCAGCACAACGAUGCAAAUCACUCGGAAAAUGGAGAGACCCAUCAGCCACAAUGGAAUCACAAUGCUGCUUCAGUUGCUGGAAGCAUUACUGGGAAAGAUUUGGGAGGAGAUAAAGAGGUUUACAGCAAUGAAGAAUGGAAAGAGAGAGUAGAGAAAUGGAAAGUCCGGCAAGAGAAGAAAGGUCUUGUGAGCAAAGAUGAUGAAGCAAAUGAACAAGGAGAUGAAGAAGACGACUACCUCACAACUGAAGCUAGGCAACCACUUUGGAGGAAAGUCCCAAUCUCUUCAAGCAAAAUCAAUCCAUACCGCAUUGUCAUUGUCCUUCGCCUAAUCAUUCUUUGCUUCUUUUUCCGUUUCCGGAUCUUAACACCGGCCCACGAUGCUUUCCCAUUAUGGUUAAUCUCUGUUAUUUGUGAGAUAUGGUUUGCUUUGUCUUGGAUACUUGACCAGUUCCCCAAAUGGUUCCCCAUUAACCGUGAAACCUACCUUGAUCGCCUGUCCUUGAGGUUUGAGCGUGAGGGCGAGCCUUCUCGUUUACUUCCAGUUGAUGUCUAUGUGAGUACUGUGGACCCUCUCAAGGAACCUCCAAUUAUAACUGCAAACACAGUCCUAUCAAUCUUGUCUGUUGAUUAUCCAGUCGAAAAGGUCAGUUGUUAUGUAUCAGAUGACGGUGCAUCGAUGCUUCUUUUCGACACAUUAUCAGAAACUGCUGAAUUUGCAAGGCGAUGGGUGCCGUUUUGUAAGAAGCAUAACAUUGAGCCAAGGGCACCUGAGUUCUACUUCUCCGAGAAGAUCGACUACCUGAAAGAUAAAGUUCAUCCCAACUUUGUAAAGGAGCGCAGAGCCAUGAAAAGAGAAUAUGAAGAAUUCAAAGUGAGAAUCAAUGCAUUGGUAGCUAAUGCUCAGAAGAAACCUGAAGAAGGAUGGGUUAUGCAGGAUGGAAGCCCAUGGCCUGGAAACAAUACUCGGGAUCAUCCUGGAAUGAUUCAGGUCUAUUUGGGAAGUGCUGGUGCACUUGAUGUGGAUGGUAAGGAGCUUCCGAAGCUAGUAUACGUUUCACGUGAGAAGCGACCUGGCUAUCAACAUCACAAGAAAGCUGGUGCUAUGAAUGCUCUUGUUCGGGUCUCUGCAGUGCUUACAAAUGCACCUUUUAUGUUGAAUUUGGAUUGUGAUCACUAUAUCAACAACAGCAAGGCCAUCAGGGAAGCAAUGUGCUUUUUGAUGGAUCCCCAGCUUGGGAAGAAGCUGUGCUAUGUGCAGUUUCCCCAGAGGUUUGACGGUAUUGAUCGCCACGACAGAUAUGCUAAUCGCAACGUUGUUUUCUUUGAUAUUAACAUGAAAGGCCUGGAUGGGAUCCAAGGGCCGGUAUAUGUUGGCACUGGAUGUGUCUUCAACAGGCAGGCCUUAUAUGGCUACGAUCCUCCAGUGUCCGAGAAGCGGCCUAAGAUGCAUUGUGAUUGCUGGCCUUCAUGGUGCUGCUGCUGCUUUGGAGGUUCAAGGAAAAAAUCCAAGAAGAAAGGGCAAAAGAAAAGUUUUCUUGGAGGACUAUACACCAAGAAAAAGAAAAUGAUGGGGAAGCAGUAUUUAAGGAAAGGAUCUGGACCCACCUUUGAUCUCGAAGACAUCGAGGAAGGACUAGAAGGUUAUGAGGAAUUGGAGAAAUCAUCAUUGAUGUCCCAGAAGAACUUUGAGAAACGAUUUGGGCAGUCACCGGUUUUCAUUGCCUCAACUCUCAAGGAAGACGGUGGCCUUCCUGACGGGACUAAUUCUACAUCACUCGUCAAGGAAGCCAUUCAUGUCAUCAGUAUUGGCUAUGAAGAGAAAACUGAAUGGGGCAAAGAGAUUGGAUGGAUUUAUGGUUCAGUGACAGAAGACAUUUUGACGGGCUUCAAGAUGCAUUGUCGAGGAUGGAAGUCAGUGUACUGCGUGCCAAAGAGACCGGCUUUCAAGGGAUCAGCUCCUAUAAAUCUGUCUGAUAGAUUGCACCAAGUUCUGAGAUGGGCGUUAGGAUCUGUCGAAAUUUUUCUCAGUCGCCAUUGUCCUCUGUGGUAUGCUUAUGGUGGAAAACUGAAAUGGCUGGAGAGACUUGCUUACACCAACACCAUUGUCUACCCUUUCACUUCAAUUCCUCUGCUUGCCUACUGCACUAUUCCUGCUGUCUGCCUUCUCACAGGAAAAUUCAUCAUUCCAACUUUGAAUAACUUUGCUAGCAUUUGGUUCAUGGCACUUUUCAUCUCAAUCAUACUAACCGGCGUGCUAGAGCUCCGCUGGAGUGGUGUCAGCAUCCAGGACUGGUGGCGUAACGAGCAAUUCUGGGUGAUCGGUGGGGUAUCCGCUCACCUUUUCGCUGUCUUCCAAGGCCUCCUCAAGGUCCUUGCUGGAGUUGACACAAAUUUCACUGUAACGUCAAAAUCAGCAGACGAUGCGGAUUUUGGGGAGCUCUACCUAUUCAAAUGGACUACCCUUCUCAUCCCACCAACAACACUGAUAAUCCUGAACAUGGUCGGAGUUGUGGCAGGAGUUUCUGAUGCAAUCAACAAUGGUUAUGGGUCAUGGGGUCCUCUGUUUGGGAAGCUGUUUUUCGCAUUCUGGGUCAUCGUCCAUCUUUAUCCAUUCCUCAAAGGUUUGAUGGGAAGACAGAACAGGACUCCAACAAUUGUGGUGCUUUGGUCUAUACUUCUUGCAUCGAUUUUCUCAUUGGUUUGGGUUAGAAUUGAUCCCUUCUUGCCUAAGCAAAAAGGUCCAAUUCUUAAACAAUGUGGAGUGGAGUGCUAAGUCAUUUCUUUUUUUCGCUUGAUUGUUACUUCCAAGUCUUUAUAAAUACUUUGUCAUAUAUAUGCAUUCAGAUAGUUUUCUGUUCAUGCAUCAACUGUAAUGGGUUUCGUUUGCAAAUGUAUGCUCACAAUAUAUAUGUAAUGGAGGACUUGGGUUUUGUACUCUAACCAUUGGAUUUAAAAUCUCGUAUAUUUUUUA